AGUGCCCCCACAAAAUUCCUUCACUUUCUCUCAAUACCUGUAACCUUUCCUUCAAUCCCAUAUUCAUUUUCUAAUUUAACCAUGGCCGUCAAUUCAAUCGAAAGGUUUCAUGUUACGAUCCCCCUCUCGAUACAGUUUGAGUCCAAUGCACAGGGCGUCCAUGUCGUCGGCGUAUCCAUGCCAGAUGAACGCGUGUCUAUCAUGGGGAUGGACGACGAUCAUCCUUCAUCUUCGCAGACUUUCGAGCCCGAUGACAAAGUAUGGCCGGAUGGAUUGCAGGACCUAGGUCUCAUCGCCGCGAACGAGUCUCUUGCAUGUCCGGAUUUCUCUCACGUAGAGUACUUCACACUACAUGAAAAUCCUCUUAUCAUCUAUAUCCCCGACUUUGUUUCUCCAGAUGAGAUUGUGCACUUGUUGGAAACUACGAAAGAAAGCUUCGCUCCAUCUGUGGUCUACCGACAGGGAGUGAGCAGCAACGACGAAAAUUUCCGAAAAUCAGAGAAUGCAUGGCCUCCACGGGACGAAGUCUUGCAAUGUAUCGAACAGAGGGCAGUCCGCUAUCAGAACCUAGAGUCAAAGCUGCUCAUGGAACAGUUGUCUCUGCAACGUUACCAUGAGAAUGGCUUCUUUUCUUAUCACCAUGACCAGUUCGACUCGCCGCCCAAUCGCCUCAACCGCUAUUCGACUUACAAUGUCUUCUUGCAAGGGGACUGUACUGGUGGUGGCACCCACUUCCCUUUGAUUCCUCGACCAACAGAGACUGCCUGGUGCAACUACAUCGACUGUGAGUCGACCGAACCCGGAGUUAUUUUCAAGCCAAUUGCCGGCAGUGCCGUCUACUGGGUCAACAUUCGAGAAGAUGGUCUCGGAUAUCGGGAAACACUUCAUGCGGGUAUGCCCGUAACCUCGGGCACUAAAAUUGGUAUGAACAUUUGGAGCUGGAAGGAUACGAGAGAGGACGUUAUCCAAGAGGGAAUUUUGCAUGUACAAUAAUUGAGCACCAGCGAGCCUUGCUAUGUGAAGUGAUAACCAGGAUUUUCCUUCGAGGGUAUCAACUUUUACACCUUUACUUCGGCUCCAUUUGAUCAUAAUUCAGAUAUUUGAUUGGCUUUAGAAUAUUUAAACAUUACAAGGCUCG